AUGCCUCUUUCUUACACUCUUUCCUAUCUUACUUUUCCCUCUCACUGUACAAUGACCAUCCCAGCCAGUUUCUACCUGUCUCUCUAUCUAGAUUUAAUUAUGUCUUUCUAUCUACCUCAAUUUUCUAUCCGGGUUUUAUCAAUUCACAGCAACUAUACGCGCCAUGUUGACCUAUUCCAUUCUUCUUUGCUUCUCUUCCGUCUUCCCAUAUCUAUCUAUCUAUCUAUCUAUCUAUCUAUCUAUCUAUCUAAUACUAAUAGUCUUUUCUCGGACGAUUAUUUUUGUCUCUCUGUUUCUCAGACAAUUAAUUCUUUUCGGCGCAAAGUUCUUUCUCUCAAAAUACUUCUUUUUUUUUUUCUUAUCUUGUCAGCUUCCUCAUUAUCUUUCAUAUUCCCGCGUUUUCCGUUCAUCUAUUUCAAGUGUACCGGGAUAGAUUUUUCCUUUUCCUUUCUUCGUGUAUCUUCUAUGUUUAUCAUUAAACUCAUUUUUAUUCUUUCAAUUUUUAUCGAACAUUCAAUUCUGGUUAAACGAGCCAUAUUCUUCCUUCAUGGUGAUCUGAUUCAAACUUCCCAGGAUUUCUUCCUUCGAUGCAUUUGUUCACAUCGGCCCAAUCAAACAGGUCUCUCUCUCUCUCUCUCUCUCUCUCUCUCUCUCUCUCUCUCUCUCUCUCUCUCUCUCUUUUAA